UGGCGGCAAUGCACACUGUCGUUGUUUGACAACCGCCAAUAAAACCCACGAAGAAGAACCCGAGGUCGGUUUGGAUAAUGGCGGGUGUUCUGACAGAAAAACAACUUGCUCGUCAUGUGUAUUCUUCGUUGGAGGCUGCGUCCUGUCCCUUGGUUGAAGGUCUGUACCUGCAGGAAGCAGACAGCAUGCUGCAGCUGCUGUGCUCCCCCUCACAGCACCGCACGGACAUACUAGCGUGGAUCUGCAGCAGUAUCAGCCCAAACUUCACCAGUUCAAAGGCGAUGUCAGUGAGAUCCAAGGAGCCUGAUGUUCUGACUAAAGAUGUGGCUGUUCUUGGGCAGGAACUUUUGCUAUGCAAAGCAUCUGAUGUGGACCUGAUUAGGGGUGAUGCAAGUCCUCGGCGGCAGCUUCAGUUUCUGGAGCAGCUUUUAACUUUGGUCCCAGGCGGCGUGAAGUCUGCCGGGCACGCAGCUGAUGGAGAGCUGCUGCUGAAGGAGUUCUUUGGUGCUGAGAGUCUGCCUCACCUCACACAGACACUCAGUCCUGCGUUUGACCCUUGGCCUACACACAUCAAGGCUCUGUGGAAGAACACAAAGUCAUCUUAUAAGCCAAACAGAGAAGAAAAUGGAGAUCUUGUUGCCCUCCUACAGGAGACUCAGUCAGCACUGGAGCAGCUGCAGUCAAAGUGUGUAUUCCUGAACAGCGAGGCCCAGAGUCCUCCCGCCUUCUCUCCAAGCUCACUGCGUGUAGCAGCGUCUGACCUCCAGCUACUGAUGGCCACCUUCAGCCAUGUUUAUGGGACAGACCUGAGAGUUUACUGCAGCAGAGACCCCCCCAGCUUCAGCUCAGAGACAGAAUGAAAUGAAAGAUAAUAAAACAACGAAUAAAAACACAUAAAACAUAAAAUCUUACAACAUUCCCUCCUGUUGUUAAUAUAUUUCACCCAUACUCUAUAGACUUCAGUAACAAUCACUUGCUCGCGCAUUUUCAAUUGCUACAUCAUGUGAAGUGCCUGAAAUUUUUAAACACAGUCUUCUUCUUCCUCAGUUGCUAUCGGGCUAUAAGCUUGUGCCAGGAAGAUUCCGGUUGCAGUGUCUUUAGCAACUUUCUUAAUCAAAGCUUUGAAACAUGGUACAAUACAACAAACAAUAAUGGCCAACAUCACUAAAAUACUGCAUAAGAUAGUUGCUAAUACUUUGAUUGUGUCUGUUCAUUACAUGGGUCUGAGUCAUUUGUUGUGGGCGAGUAACCAGCAUCGUCGUCGAGUCCUGUUGGGGACUGGGUCCUCUCCAUCUGAAAUGUCUGAAUGUUCAUUUUGCACGUCUAUGUCAGGCAUUGUUUAUGAGUGUCUGAGUAGUUACUUGAGUGAUGGGUUGCUCUUCUGGUUUUGCAGGUUGGACUGAUCUUCCGUUACUCUACCGGGCAGGUGGGGCUAGGUCGGGGCUCGGGCUACAAUGGGGUUUCUUCAGGUCGACCAAGUUCACCAGAUCACCUAGUGUGUCGACUGAAAGCGAGAAGUCAAGAGGGCGGGGUAUACCCAAUCUGCCCUCUCCUCCACUUACAGAUCACUAGAUGAUAGGUGGACUGGCGUCUGGGCUUGUGUCCCCUUGUACUUUUUUGGCGUGGCUCUGGUGGAUCCACGAAGGUCUUUCAGCGAUUUUGCACGCUGUCGGUGUUGUGAGCAGGACCUGAUAAGGGCCCUCCCACCUCGGAGAGCUCCAGUUUUUCCUCUGGAGUACCUUGAUCAGGAUCCAGUCGCCUGGUUUCAACCUGGAAGAGA